UCAAUAAUUCAUGAAUCAAUAUAUAUGAAUGAUCCAUAUUUGAAUUCUGAGAUGGUACGCUACAGAAAGAGAAAAUCCGCGUUUAAUCCAAAUUUCACUAGGGAAUCUAUAAAUCAAGAAGUGAUGCCAUCUUUGAGCGAAAAUAUUGGUCCAGAGAUGUCUCGCUUGUCACAUAACAGCUCAUUUUCAGUUCCAGAGGUGAAUCGAGAAACUUACGAUAAAAUGGUUAUAGACCAAGAGUCCAAACUAUCUAUAACACAAGAGUUACGUGAACAGACGAUAGAGUGUUGGUCUUCUCACAAGCUUGAAGAGGAUAGGUCGCAUAAAAAAC